CGCCGACCUCGACACCAAGCCUGCAGAGGAGGGGAACGGGAGGGACGCUGCCGCCUGCCUCGCGAUGGAUCUGUCGCCAAUCCAAAACGCUGUGGCCUCUGGAUCCUACGCCACGAUCGCUGAUGCCUGCGACGAGCUGAUGCUACAGGUUGCCUCGCGGGGGAUCGCCUACCAAGAGGACUGGCCCUUCACGGUCCAUCUUCUGGGCCACAUAUUUGCGAACGAUCUGAACAGCGCGAGGUUUUUGUGGAAAUCGAUACCCCAGGGGUUGAAGGAGAGCAAACCAGAGCUCGUGGCUGCUUGGAGGAUCGGGCAGUGCCUUUGGACUCGUGAUUACGCCGGGGUUUAUGAUGCAAUUCGUGGGUUCGAGUGGAGCCCUGAAGUCGCCGGCUUGAUUACUGCCUUCUCAGAGAACUAUACCAAGAAGAUGUUUCAGCUAUUAAGUUCUGCAUAUUCCACAAUUGGGGUUGCUGAUGUAGCUCACUUUUUGGGAAUGAGCGAGGAUGAAGCCACAAAUUAUGCAUUGCAGCAUGGGUGGACAUUGGAUUCGUCAUCUAAGAUGCUGACUGUGAAGAAGCCCAAGAUCAUCACCGAGCAGAAAUUAGAUCCCAGCAAAUUACAGCGUUUAACAGAAUAUGUUUUCCAUCUGGAGCACUAAAAUUUUUGUUUCACCUUUGAAACAGUAUUUCAUUCUGCUUCUAUGCCUCAGUUGGCUUAAGGGAGAAUCUCGAUCGGGCACCAGAUUCUUAUCAUGCAUUUUCUUCUGAUAUCUGAAGGUAUUCUUCAGUCUUGCAAUGUGCUCCGGAAUUGCCAGUUUGUAUUUCCAUCAAGUGCUUGUUACGUGCUGUCAUUGUUCCAUACAAACAACGCAUCGAGGACUCUUUCCCUGUUGUCAUUGCAAUGUGAGCUACUUUGGUUGGUCAACAGAGUUAUUCUCUCUGGUACAUUCUUAGGACACCAAGGCCCUAAAAAAUGUAUUAAAAUGGUCGAUUAAUAGUGACAAAAGUCCUCAUUUUUCUUUGUUUUCGUU